AUGUCGCACGCCAAAGCCAGCUCUGGUCAAAGCGCCCUGGCUUGCUUCAGCCCCACUUCCCAGAACGCCCCCUACAGCGUCGAUCGAUACAUAAACGAGUCAUCUCCCUGGACAUCACUCAGCCAAAGAAGCGACAGUCCCCGCACAAGUUACAGCGAUCCGAUGCACUCAGACCUCGAUGGGCUGUUGCGCCAAGCCCAGCAAAGACCCAAGACGAGCAAGAGAUGA